UAAAUUUGUGAACACGUAAAACAUGAACCUUUGUAAGAAGCUUUACAAAAAUAUUUUAAAAUUGCCAACUGCAUUGGUACUCCUAUUGUUCCUUAUAUUCGUUAUUUACCAUUACAAUCUGAAACAUGACGUCUCAAAGCUGCAUUCAGAGGAUCUAUUCGAUUUUACCGAUUCAAACAAUGAAACUGGAUUUCCUUAUUACAUUAUUCCAGACAUUGUUCACUUAAUUCGCUUCGAUAAUACAAACGUGACGUUCGUUGAUAUGGUCAACAUCAAAUCCAUACUUCUGAAUCACAAGCCGGAGAAGAUAAUCAUCCAUUGCAAUUGUCACAACUUAACUGGAAAAUACUGGGACAUGAUUAAAGACAUACCACAGCUGAAAUUGCAGUAUAGAAAGAAACCAGAAUAUAUUCAUGAUAUAAAAAUAAGCUUCGUACAACACGCAUCUGAUAUCUCUCGUAUAGAAAUUCUUCGGGAAUAUGGAGGAAUUUAUUUAGAUAACGACGUGUUUGUCGUUAAGUCACUACACGAUUUUCGAAGAUUCGAGUUCGUUAUCAAUUGCGAUAUAAAUCAAUAUUUAGGGAGUCAAGUGAUAAUAGCGCAUAAGAAUGCAAGAUUUUUAAAAUAUUGGCACUAUUCUUAUAGGUAUUACCGACCCGACAAAUGGUAUUAUAAUGCUGGUGAAUUACCAUCAAAAUCGAUUCUUUUCGUGCUUCCAGAAUUUGCACAUAGAGUGGUUGGAGGAUUUGGAGUGGAUAUUAGUUUAACUUACAUGUUAUACGGAGAA